ACACUAAGCGCAAUUGAAACAGGCCAUUAUUCGUGUCUGCGUAAGGUUCGUUUUUAAAAGUGCAUAUCAGAUCGAGUUCACCAGCGUCAGGAGAGUCUAUUCAUGUGAAAACGAAUGAAGAUCACCACUCACUCGAGUAGAGACCAGGUGAAGAGGGAUUUUUCUACAGAACAGCAGAGGCUCAGCACACAAGGACAGGGAAUAGGAAUACCAGGAACUCCUUAUUUGCGCCUGUCAGAGGACAGAUAUUUUUCGUACAUGACGCAUUUGUAGAGAACAAACAGAAGAAAGCAUCCCUACAACUUCUGGAAGUGAACAGCAGUGUUUUACUGUAGCAUAAGUAGUACUCCAUCCAGUGGCACUGUGAGUCAAGAGGAGCAACGGCAGGAUGUCAGCCAGAGGAGGAAAGAAAAAGAUCACCAAGCUGUCUCGUUCUGCCCGAGCAGGAGUCAUUUUUCCUGUCGGGAGGAUGAUGCGUUACUUGCGCACAGGAACCCAUAAGUAUCGCAUUGGCAUGGGCGCCCCCGUCUACAUGGCAGCGGUCAUUGAGUACUUAGCAGCUGAGAUUUUGGAGUUGGCUGGAAAUGCAGCAAGAGACAACAAGAAGGGGAGAAUCACUCCACGACACAUCAAGCUGGCAGUGGCCAAUGACGAAGAACUCAACCAGUUGCUCAGAGGGGUGACUAUAUCAAAUGGUGGAGUUCUGCCUCGCAUCCAUCCUGAGCUGCUCUCCAAGAAGAGAGGAGGCAAGGUAAAGGUGGAGACUCAGGUGACUGUUCCGGAGAAGAGGGCGAACAGGAAACCCAUCAAGAAGCCUAGCAAAAAGAGCAAAGGAAAACCAGGCCGCAAACCCAAAAAAAGCACAGAGAAUGACAAAGAAGCAGAUGCCAACACAACGGUGGAAGACGGACCGGGAGAGGGAUUUACUAUUCUCUCUGCGAAAAGCUUGUUCCUUGGACAAAAGCUGUCCCUUACAGAGAGUGAAAUCAGCAAAAUCGGAACGAUCAAAGUGGAAGGAAUCAUCAAUCCCACAAACGCAGAGAUUGAUCUGAAAGAGGGAAUCGGUAAUGCUCUGGAGAAAGCAGGAGGAAAAGAUUUCUUAGAGACCGUCAAGGAGCUGAGAAAAAGCCAGGGCCCUUUGGAGGUUGCAUCAGUGGCUGUGAGUCAAGCCAAUGGGAUGGCAGCACGUUUCAUCAUCCAUUGUCACGUCCCUCAGUGGGGUUCAGAGAAGUGCGAAGAUCAGCUCGAGAAAACAGUCAAGAACUGUUUGUCUGCUGCCGAGGAGAAAAAGCUCAAAUCGGUGGCCUUCCCUUCACUACCCGCUGGACGAAAUGGUUUCCCAAAGCAGACAGCAGCCCAGCUAAUACUGAAGGCCAUUUCAAACCAUUUUGUCUCAGCAACCACAUCCUCUCUGAAGAACAUUUACUUUGUUCUGUUUGACAGCGAGAGCAUUGGGAUAUACCUGCAGGAGAUGGCCAAGAUGGACACCAAGUGAUGUUCAGUCGUGGGUUUGAUUUCUUUGAAAGUGUAACAGCCUCGAUACAGCUCUGUUUUAGCUUUGUUUUGACUGGUUUUGUCGGCCUCGUCAUCGAGGGAAGGUAAAAUGAGUUGAACAUGAGCUUUAGCAGAGAGUGCAUCCAGGCUAGUAAGAGCAUUCUAAGUGAAGUGUAGUGCAGCUUGGUGAAAGAUGUUGUAGGUAUAUGUUUUUGACAGCAGAUCAUUUGAAGGUGUUUAAACAAGGAUAUUUGUGAGUGAUGUACUGUACACUUUUAUGUUUCACUGUUCUCCUUUUAAAGAAAUGAUUCAUUUAGACUAGAUCAACUUAAUCUUCAUUGUUUGCCAUUUUUAUCCUUAGACUGAACUUGUUUUUACAUUCCAUGUUCAGAGUUGAACUUUUGAGCGUUGUUUUUGGCUAGAUAUCAAGUGUGGUUUCUGACAGUUUUGGUUUAUCAAAAAAAAAAGUGUUUCUUGUUCAGCUUUGAAAUAAAAAAAAUGUUUUACACCACA